GGUUCAUACCGCUGACGACUGUUGGACCAUCUCAUUCAGAGAACCCACACCAAAUAUCAACUGGAAUCCCAUCUGCAACAUGUGAUGAUGUCAUCAGUGACUGGUGGCUGUCCAUUGGCUCUUGUCAUUCUGCUUCUCGUGUCCACGGAGCCUACAGCAACUGCGGUAGUGAAGACAGUCAGAGACUGUGUGGAAUUCUUCCUGGAUGGAAAGCCACCAAAAAUAGAAAACGUGUUGGAGCAGGGAAACAUUCAGGACCAGGAUCGCUACUUGCCCAUAUGCCAGACAUAUAACCAUCAAAAUAGGUUCAUGACGCUCUAUGACAAAGUGAAGCAGAUCCCAGUGUUUUCUGCAUAUAAAUACACAGGGCACGAAAAAGGGAGAUGCCAAGACAAAUGGAAGCUUGAGCCGGGGCUUGAUGCCAAAUACCAGUCUGCAGAAAAGGACUACCAGGGACAGGGUAGUUCGUAUCAUAGAGGCCAUUUGUUUCCAUGUUUUCAUGCAAACAGCGAAGAUGAUCAGAAAUCCACAUUCAUGGUGACUAAUAGAGUUCCACAAGAUCCCUCAUUCAAUAUCGGAGGAUGGAAGCAAAUGGAGAAUCGUGUCAAACGUGUGAUGGAUAAAUACUGUUUAGACCAAAACAAUAAGCUUGAGGCAUUUGUUUUGACUGGAGCAUUUCCCAGUGAUGAAAAUAUGCCAAACACCAAGGUCAAUAUUCCAAAAACUCUCUGGACAGCAUUUUGCUGCUAUAGCAAAGUUCUGCAUAUGUGGUUUGCAUGCGCACACUGGGGUGCCAACGUUAAGGGAAGAUUGGAGGCCAAAACUGUGGCAGACUUGAAUUUAAGUUUGGGAGUCGAUCCCUUUCCUGAUAAAUGUCUCCACACUACAGAUAGUGAGUUGCGUACUGUGUUUAGCAGUAGGCCUAUAAGUCCUUCCUCAAAGACUCCUGUCCGCAAGAAGGCAGGCAAACGGCCACGCAAACUGUAACAGAGCUAACAGAGUCUGUGCAUCAACACCCUAAACAGUCGGCCGCUUGCUUCAAAGACGUAAUUACUUGGUGUUGUAUUGGAUAGUAGGCUCUUUCUAUUUUAGGACAGUACUACCAAGUCUUCUUCUGGCUCUCUCUGAAUGAAUAUUUUCAUCUUUCAGCCCACAUCUUUGCAUGAAAGUACUUUUGUAAAAAUAA